AUGUCGCACGACCACCACCAUAUGAUGGACCACAGCGAGCACGACCUUGCGACAGCCAUGGCUCGAUGCUCGAUGAACAUGUUAUGGAACACUCAGAUUAUCGACACUUGCAUCGUCUUUCGCAGCUGGCAUGUCACCUCCAAGGCAUACUUCUUCGGCUCCUGUCUUGCCAUCGUCGCUCUCGGUAUACUCUAUGAAUACCUUCGCGCAUUCCAGAAAUCUCUCGACACCCGCAUCGCAAUUGCCUUGGUUGCUAGUGGAAAGGGCAAGACUAGGGCACGAAGCGGAAGCAGGAGUGGUAGGAGUAGCCCGGAUGAAGAUGCAGGUUUACUUUCGGGGCGACGAAUGUUCAAGGUAGCUGCAACGGGAACACCAGUACCCCUUCUUCUCCGAUUGGUCAGGGCUGGACUCUACGGCGCCACCGUUUUCCUAUCCUUUUUCUUGAUGCUGGUCUUCAUGACCUAUAAUGCUUAUCUUAUCCUUGCGACAGUCUUGGGAGCUGCACUGGGACACCUCAUAUUCAAUUCUAAUAUCAACAUCGACGCUCUGCUCAGCGAAGAAAGCAAAGGAAUGGCGUGUCAUUAG